UCAAUUGUUCAAUAAUAAUAAUAAUAGCAGCUGAUCGGCUCUCCAGCCCGGCGGAUCGAUCGGCUCUGAUCGAUCACCGAAGCCGCCUGCGCAGCUCCGCUCCCCGCCCUCCUCUUCAUCACAUCCCGUUGUCUCGCUGGAGGAUGACUCGGUUGGAGGCUAGCGGCUAACAGGGCGGGUUUCUCAUGCCCCUUGUUGUUCCGUGGUGGUCCCGUGGAGCCGUCCCCGUCCCAACCCGGUCCGGACCGCAGGAGUGCGCCGCCCGGAGCGGCCCGGAGCUCGGCGCGGAGAUGCAGCAGCUGUUAUGUAAGAGCGGAGCCGCUAACGUUAGCCCGCCGCCAUGAAUGACGCGCAGCAAGAAAUGUCUCCGGACUUCGUCCUGAUGCGGCUCGUCUCGGCCGCGGAGUACGACCGGCUGGACGAGCCCGACGACCUGAUCCGGUCCGGAGGCGGCGGGUUCGGACCGGUGAAGGCCGCGCUGGGACACCGCGGCGGCGGGUUCGAUGUGGACCCCAGCGGCCCCUCAGCAGGCCUCGGAUCCGCAUCCCCGCACUACAGUUCGCCGCUCCCCGGGAAAGGAGAGCUGGAUGGCGGUCUGGGGUUGUCGCAGGGCCCGCCGAGCUCCGAGGCGCCGCUGUCCCCGCCGCCUGAGGACUUUGCCGCAGCGGCGCAGCGGUUCGUGGACGGUUCGGGCGGACACGGAUCCAGGGCACAGCUGAUGGUGUUACAGAACCUGCUGCGGUCCGGAUUGGAGCAGCAGCCGCCGCCAGCUGGGUUCCUGCAGGAGGAACCGGAGAGACAGAAGCUGGAGCCGGGUCCAGGUUCGGGUUCUGCUAGCACAGCUGGUUCCCGACCUGGAGGCGGGAAGGAGCAGAACUCUGGCUGUGUCCCAUCCCCGGAGGAGAACCUGCAGUGGCACCCGGUGGUCAGACUAUCCAAAGGGUCCGACGGGCCUCAGAACCCCCCGCCGGUCCCUGCCCUGGAUCCGGAGUCCAUCCGACACCGCCUGGCCAAGUGGCCCCCGGGUCUGCUGGACCAGGCCCUGCGCCUGGGCCUGCUGGAGCUCAGGAGAACCUGCCCGUCUGGGGCUGAGGACCCGGUUCUGGUGCUGGCCCAGAAGCUGGGUCAGCUGGGCGAGGGCAGGGAGGGAGUGGGCGGGGGAGAUGGGGUGCCGCCCCCCCCUCGCUGCUCCUGUCAUGGCAUCCUGGCAGCGGGUCCGGUUGCCCCCGGAGACGACCCCAGCGACACCAGCGAUGCUCUGCUGGUUCUGGAAGGCCUGGGGUCCGAUCAGGUCGGAGAGCUGGCGCAGGGGGGGGGCCGAGACGGCGAGGAGGAGCCCGGGGGUGGCGACGUCGGGGGGCGGCCGGGGGGAACCGGAACCGUGUUUGGCGGCGGGACGCUGAGCGGCCUGAUGCGACAGGUCCACAGACUGGCCGAGGAGGCGGGCGUCUGCACCGAGCCGGCGUGCCGCGCUGCCGCCGCCCCCCCUGCGGCCCCUCAGGGCCCCCCGGCCACCGGUGCCGCUCCCCUUGACCCGGGCCCGUGCCCGCAGCACCGGUCCCGGUCCCAGCCGCAGAGCCGCGCCGCCACCCCGAAGCUCGGAGUGGCGGCCGGUGGCUCCGGGCGCGCUGCCUCCCCCCUGACGGUCCUGGAGGGGGGGGGCGACAGGACGCCACGCAGGAAGUCGAGGAAGGGGGGGUCCCUGAAGGUCCGGCUCAGCAAGCUGUUCAGAACCAAGAGCUCCAGCGGCGGGUCGGGCGGCCUGCUGGACAAGCGACCGUCGCUGGCGUCCUCCACCUCGUCGGGGGGGAGCCUGCUGGACGUGUGGGGGUCCACCUGCAGCAGCACCGACCAGGACAGGCUGCAGCUCUCCAGGCCUCUCAGUGCCUUCGCCCCGCUGCCGUUCACUCCUGCUUUCACCGGUGAGACGGUCUCUCUGGUCGAUGUGGACAUUUCUCGCAGGGGGGGGGGCACUCAGCACCCCCCCACGCCGCCCCCCCCUCCCAGGCGGAGCCUCAGCCUGCUCGAUGAUUUCGGGGGCCCUCCACAGCUCCAGGGGCCGUUCACAGAGCGCAGCGCGGGGGCCUCCAUGCAGUCUCUGCCCCCCCGGCCGCUGGCGCUGCACCCGACCCUGAGCACCAUCCAGCACAGCCUGAGCCUCAACGGUGAGACCCGGACCACUGCGCCCCCCCGGUUCCGCCUCCGCCCCCUGGUUCUGUUGCACUUCUACUUCCAGCAGCUCUACAACCAAAGAAGAACCAGAACCAGCGGUCCAAUCAUAAUGGGCCCACUGAGUUCACUUGAACCGGACCGGGACCGAGUCCGGAAUCCGAGUCCGGAAUCCGAGUCCGGAAUCCGAGUCCGGAAUCCGAGUCCGGAAUCCGAGUCCGGAAUCCGAGUCCGGAAUCCGAGUCCGGAAUCCGAGUCCGGAAUCCGAGUCCGGAAUCCGAGUCCGGAAUCCGAGUCCGGAAUCCGAGUCCGGAAUCCGAGUCCGGAAUCCGAGUCCGGAAUCCGAGUCCGGAAUCCGAGUCCGGAAUCCGAACACGCUGCCCCCUCAGCAGCCGCCACCAGCCUCAGGGAGCUGGAGAAGUGCGGCUGGUACUGGGGUCCGAUGAACUGGGAAGACGCAGAGAUGAAGCUGAAGGGGAAACCGGACGGGUCGUUUCUGGUGCGGGACAGUUCGGAUCCACGAUACAUCCUGAGUCUGAGCUUCCGGUCGCAGGGAGUCACACACCACACACGCAUGGAGCACUACAGAGGAACCUUCAGUCUGUGGUGCCACCCCAAGUUCGAGGACCGCUGCCACUCCGUGGUGGAGUUCAUCGAGAGAGCCAUCAUGCACUCCAAGAACGGAAAGUUCCUCUACUUCCUGCGCUCCCGAGUCCCAGGUCUGCCUCCCACUCCGGUCCAGCUCCUGUAUCCGGUCUCCAGGUUCAGCAGCGUUAAAUCUCUGCAGCAUCUCUGUCGCUUCUGCAUCAGGCAGCUGGUUCGCAUCGACCACAUCCAGGAGCUGCCGCUACCGACGCCGCUCAUCGCCUACCUGAGGAAGUUCUACUACUACGACCCGGAGGAGGAGAUCAGUGCGGCGCUGCCGGACGGGAAGGAGGCCAGGGAGCCCAGCGGCCAGCCGGGGGUCCGGUCCCAAACGUAGCACCGGAACCGGGCCGGACCGGGACGCACCUGGAGCCCACCCGCAGGUCUUUUCUUUCUCUGGACUCGAACACUGAAGGACGUUCAAACUGUCAAUCUGGACUCUGACUGCGGCCAAUGGGCUCCCUCCGCUCAGUCCGGUAUCCGGGCGGGUUUCAGAUGAUCCUGCCUCCUCUGAUUGGCUCGCAGGGAGUCGCCAGGCGAGGGACAGGGGAUGAGGAGACUCCGCCUCCUUUUUGAUGUCAUCACUGACCAGCUGGACUGAAGCGAGCGUGGCGUCGCUGUCGGGAAGGAGAGGGACUGUCAGUCGCCUCCAGGAUCCCAACAAAAUGCUGCGGAGCUCGACGUCCGGAACCAGGAGGGUUCUGUCGGUUCCACACGGAUCAUAUGUUUACUUCCCUUUCUGCUGGAGCCUCAGCAGGGGGCGCUGUUCGGCGGUACCAUAUGUUGAUCAGCUGCUCUGAUAAUCAGCCAAUCAUCAUUCAACUUUUAAAAUCUUUAAUUACAUAAGUAAUUUUCAGACUUUUCUGCUGUGAAAAGAAAUUUCCGGAUAUUUUUCUGAAUCAAUGAACUGCAGCUUUAAACUCAAAGACCUGAGGAAGCAGGUCAGGUGUUCACGUCCUAACCUGAAGUUUAGUUUAUUUCUGCUAUUAGGUUUGAUGGUUCUGAUGAGAGGAACCGGAUUACAGCAUCUGAAAGUGGGCGGGGCUUAAAGAGGAAGACGACCCUGAGGAAGAUGUCAGAACCAGAACCAGAACCAGAGGAAGAAGUUUGGGUUUAAACCUGCAGCUCAUGUCUGACCUGCUGUUUGUCUCUAUGCUGGAUUAUUAAUAUUAACGAACCUCUGAGUGAAACCGACAUCAGGAAGCUUUUUCUCUCCUGCUGCGUUUGGCUCAGACUGCAGGUGUGAAGGGGGCGGAGCCUCUGUGGAGGAGAACCUGUUCAGAACCUGUUCAGAACCUGUUCAGAACCUGUUCAGAACCUGUUCAGAACCUGUUCAGAACCUGUUCAGAACCUGUUCAGAACCUGUUCAGCCGAUUCUUUACAUUUUCAGCACUUUGAUUUUGGAAAAUGUUCAAAUUUAAAAUGUAAAUUAAAUUUUAAAUGCCGAGCUAUUCAUAUUUUUGAAAGCAUUAGCUAAAAUUAAACUUUUAUUUCACCAGGCAAAAUACUAUGAACAGUUUCUAAUGUGCAUUAAUGUCGGCCUGAAGUUAAUAAAAGGUACAAAAAUGUUCCAGAUAUGAAGUGAAAGAGGGAAGCAUUUCUUACAUGUUUUAUUUAAGCCGUUUUAAAUAAACUCUCCUAUUUUCAGGUGCUGUUAGAUUUAGUUUCUUGUUGCUGCUUCUCUCUAAUUAAUUUCUACAGAUUAUUGAUUUCAGUUUUCUGGAGCUUCUUUGUGAACAGAACCCGGCCGGUUCUGGUUCCUCCAUGUAGCACCUUCUGUUACCAUCAGAGUUCCCAUGGAGAACGUCACAGAACCUUUUGGAAAUUGUUGGGGCGAUGGGUCCGACCUGUUUGGACUCUUCCUGGUUCUGGACGAGCUCCAGAACUUUUCCAUCUGGGGUUUUCAUUCUUUUGGAACUUCAUUCGCUGUCUGGAAUAACAUCCGGAUCCUGGAGGCGACAGUCGCGCCGCGACGGCAACGCAACCAAAAAACUUAGAGCAGGGUUACCAUGACGACUACUGAGCUACAACCAUGUCAACAUCCUACUGUUUCGCUGUCUGGGAGGACGGAUUCAGACACUGGGAACUCUGGGGAAACUGGAGGCGGGACCCAGACGUCCUGCUUGGACUCUUCCAUGAUGUCAGACGGUUGUAAAUGUUGACUGAAGACGAGUUGUUGUUGGUGUGGAGGAGCAGUAAUGUGUCGUUGUUGUGCCGUCACCUGGUAAUAAAACACGGUGGGACUGAAAGUCUGUCCUCAGUGACACCAAACCUCA